GCAGAGAAUGUCUGGGCCGCCAUUUUAUGAAGUAGGGAACUGGAGCAAUUAAACGGUGAGCUGGUUCUUGUCAGGAGGCUUCGUUUCUGUGUGUUCUCAGAUACCUUCUUGGCCUUCACAUCGGAUUUGGCCAGACCUGCCGAAAAAGCUGAAAAAAUACGAGAAAUAGCCUCAGGAAAGAGGUUGUUAAAAUGGAAAGUGAAAUGGCGGAAGCCGUUGUGGAGGACUCGGAAACCUUCAUGAAAAGAAAAGAGACAAAGACAUAUCAGAGGCGUAGGGAAGGUGGUGUAGAUGAAGAUAACUGUGUCAUAGUCCAAAGCCAGACAGAUAUAAGUGAAGUACCUCAUGAUGUCAACAGUAAUGUUCAGAUGGUGAUGAUGGAGCAACUUGAUCCCACCCUAUUACAAAUGAAGACUGAAGUUAUGGAAGGUGUGGUUUCACAAGAAGGUGAUCCUACUGUGGACGAUACACAAAUAAUUACACUACAGGUUGUCAAUAUGGAAGAGCAGCCAAUUAAUCUUGGAGAGCUUCAGCUUGUCCAAGUUCCAGUAGCUGUUCCGAUGGCCACAACAUCGGUAGGUGAACUUCAUGCAGCUUUUGAAAAUGAGGUAUCCAAAGAAGGCCUUCAGGAAGGGGAGCCCAUGAUAUGUCAUACCUUACCUCUUCCAGAGGGUUUCCAAGUAGUUAAGGUAGGGGCAAAUGGAGAGGUAGAAACUCUAGAACAGGCAGAGUUACAACAACAAGAAGAACCUGGCUGGCAAAAGGAUCCUGAUUAUGUGCCCCCUAUCAAAAAAACAAAGAAAACUAAGAAAAGCAAACUGCGCUACACAGAAGAAGGAAAAGAUGUUGAUGUCUCUGUCUAUGAUUUUGAAGAAGAGCAACAGGAAGGACUGCUUUCUGAUGUGAAUGCAGAAAAGGUUGUUGGAAAUAUGAAGCCUCCAAAGCCAACAAAAAUUAAGAAGAAAGGUGUGAAGAAGACGUUCCAGUGUGAGUUAUGUAGUUACACCUGUCCAAGACGUUCUAACCUGGAUCGCCACAUGAAAAGCCACACCGAUGAAAGGCCACACAAGUGCCACCUAUGCGGAAGGGCUUUCAGGACUGUUACUUUGCUUAGGAACCACCUCAAUACUCAUACAGGUACUCGGCCUCACAAGUGUCCUGACUGUGACAUGGCAUUUGUAACUAGUGGUGAAUUGGUCAGACAUCGUCGUUAUAAACACACCCAUGAGAAACCAUUCAAAUGUUCGAUGUGUGAUUAUGCCAGUGUUGAGGUAAGUAAGCUGAAGCGGCAUAUUCGAUCCCAUACUGGAGAACGUCCCUUCCAAUGCAGCUUGUGCAGCUAUGCCAGCAGGGACACAUACAAGUUGAAAAGACACAUGCGAACCCAUUCAGGUGAAAAGCCAUACGAAUGCUACAUUUGCCAUGCUCGUUUUACGCAGAGUGGGACCAUGAAGAUGCAUAUUUUGCAGAAACACACUGAAAACGUGGCCAAAUUUCAUUGUCCCCAUUGUGACACAGUAAUUGCAAGGAAGAGUGACUUGGGUGUCCAUUUGCGAAAGCAACAUUCCUACAUUGAGCAAGGAAAGAAGUGUCGCUACUGUGACACAGUGUUCCAUGAGCGUUAUGCACUAAUCCAGCACCAGAAGUCUCAUAAAAAUGAAAAACGAUUUAAAUGUGACCAGUGUGAAUAUGCUUGCAGACAGGAGCGACACAUGAUUAUGCACAAAAGGACCCAUACUGGUGAGAAGCCUUAUGCCUGUAGCCAUUGUGAUAAAACAUUUCGACAGAAACAGCUGCUUGAUAUGCACUUCAAAAGAUACCAUGACCCAAGUUUUGUUCCUGCAGCAUUUGUGUGCUCCAAGUGUGGGAAAACAUUUACUCGAAGGAAUACAAUGUCAAGACAUGCAGAUAAUUGCACUGGGCCUGAUGGUACAGAUGGUGAAAAUGGAGGAGAAAGUGAAGUGGUUCACAAAAAAGGGAAGCGUGGUCGCAAGAGAAAGAUGCGCUCCAAGAAAGAAGGUUCUUCUGACAGUGAGGAUAAUGCUGAACCUGAGCUGGAAGACGAUGAUGAUGAAGAUGAAGACGAUGAAGAUGAGACACCUGUAGAAAUAGAAGCUGAUCCUGAACCAGAAGAGCCACUGACUCCACUUCCACCCCCUGCAAAGAAGCGUAGAGGAAGACCGCCUGGUAAAGCCAACCAAGCAAAGCAAAAUGCAGCUGUUAUUCAGGUGGAUGAUCACAGCAACAGAGCAAUUGAGAACAUAAUUGUUCAGGUGAAGAAAGAAUCCGACCUAGAAGCAGAGGGGGGUGUGGAGGCUGCUGUACCAACACCUGCAGUGGAGGCACCAAAUGGAGACCUUACUCCAGAAAUGAUACUGAGCAUGAUGGACCGGUGAUGCAGGCAAAACCCAUUGCCUUGCUUUAUUGAACUGGCUCGAGCUGUGUUUAAAUGGCUCAUUACUAUUUUAUGAGAUCUGAUAAUUUUAUUUUUAACUUUGCUUUGUGGAUUUUUUUUUUUUAAGAUCUGUUUUACCAUGUCUGUACAGGAAAACCUCUUUCAAGUAAAGCAAAACAUACUGGCUAUCCAAAAUUCAACAAUAUUUUCAGGCCAAUCAUGGAAUCAGUUAAGAGGUUUCCUUUAGAUAAAAUAUUCUCUUUUGCGGUUAACCCAAAAUCUGCCAGGGAAAACUAAAAUUUUACUUAAGAGUAUAAAUUUCCCUAAAUGAAUUCUACCCAGAAUGGCUCAAUCCCAGUCUUUAUUUACAUGGCUUUAAUUAAUUUAAAAAAAAAAAAAAA